GGGAUUUCUUCGCGACAGCCUCAAAUUUCACAACCAACCCAAUGGCUACCUUUAAUUCUUCACUAUGGUUUCAAUUGCGGUUCCUUUCGUCUUUCAGUUUCAAUCUGUCUCAAGAUACCAAAUCGUCAAUUACGUCUCUAUUCUAACUUUCAUCCCAUCUAUUGACGAAAACGAUGGUGGGGAUUCGCAGUGGAGCUAGACCUAGAGCUCAACCUCACACCCAAGGCGGGGAGCUGGUUGAAGAGCAUGAACUUAAUCCCGAAAGUUCCGAUGACGAUAGCGAAGAAGAAAUUCCUCAUACCUCACCACCCAAAUCCAAGAUCAACCCAGGCAUACGAUCGUUAGACCACCGUCGAACUCGAAGCCAACAGCUUGACGACCAACUGCUACAGAUUGGACAGUUUAAAAGACGAAGAAUUGAACCUGCAACCAAUCCCAGAAACGUCUCAAGCUCUGCUGUACACAUAGCAAGAGCAACGACUUCUCGAAAAGAAAGUAGCAGUUCAAGCCCCGAGGAUAGCUAUGUGCGUACAGGGCUUGUGAAUAGCCUUAAUGCCGUACUGAGAAGGGAACCUAGCGGAUCGCAACAUGGGACGAGCCAGAUAAAUGGUAGGAUUACCGCUCCAAACAAUGGAAAUGGCUAUGCCAAAUACACCCACGAAGAUGAUGGCAGACAGGAACAACAAGAACAACAACAAGAACAUGUCGUUGCGGAUACGUCUAGAGGUGACGAGAGCAUUAGCGAGCAUGAAGCGGCUUACCUACCAGCCACCGUCUUAGAGCAUGAUCAUAUCGUCCAAGAUGGCCCAGUAGAGGAUCAGGUUCAAACGGAUAUAUGGGAUGUACCUGUAUCACCGGAAAAGUCACGAAUUCUCAAGCAACCCGGUCCAGUUACUUCUUCAAGAAGAUCGUCUCGACAAGGUGGGCGUGCUAAGAGGGUUGUACCGCGGCGUCGUUCUGAGCCGACGCGAUCUUCUCAAUCAAAUGGGUCUAAGGCCGCCGAGAAUCCGCGAUCUUCGUCUCAAGGUGACCGCGUCCCUUCAUUAGCGCCGAUACAGUCAGAGGUCGAAGUUGAGCCACAGGUAGAGAUAGAUGAAGAUGCCGAAGGUGACGAGGACUUCGGACACGUUGAUAGAUCCUCUCAAAGCGAAGAGAAUUUGCCAGAUACCGAACCACCUAUCGAGGGAAGCUUUGGCCAGGACGUGGCAGAUUUUGAAACCCAGUAUCCUGAAGGGUUUAAAGGCGAUGAAACUUACCAAGGCCCUGCUGAAGAUGACGACAUUGCUACGCACAUUGACUCAUAUAGUCUCAAGUCGGCUCUUCAACUUAUGCGCCAUAAUGCUUGGGGUGGAUUAAGAACGGGAUGGCAUCGAAAGUCUUUUGAUAUUAACUCUUCAGAGACUAGAUCUGUUCGAUUUCUUCUUAAGUUGCUAGCAAAACUCGAGAGACUACUUAUAGCAGCUCCAAAGGCACCUCAGCUCAUGGAGCAAAACAAAUUUCUGAACGAUUAUAGUGAUCUCGUGGGCCACUAUUUUUCAGAGAUCAAAUCUGCUCUUGAGUGUAUUCGAGAGAAAUACAAGCAAGGAUCGACCAACACAAAACUACAUAGCGAUAUCACUUCAUGCGCCGUCCCUAUGUUGUUCCACGUUCUAGUAUCCGCGUGGGAAUUAGGUGGCCAUGAUUGGAAGCGUACAACGUUUACGAUCUCCACUAUUGAGCUACUUGGGAAGACGGUUAGUUGGAUCGGACUGCUGUAUCGUCCGUUGCUUAGAAAGCUCACACAACAGCCACUUGAUUCAUCAAGAAAGGAAUCAAAAACACAGCAGUUCCAAAGGGAGAAACGGGAAGAACUCGAGAAAUAUCGCAAGGACCUGGUUCGGAUCAUAGGAGAUAGUAUAGAUGCACUCGAACGAGAAGAACGCCGACGAAAACGGGAGCAUCAGAUUUUACAACAGAACUUGAUACGGCAGGAAGAGCUUGCAGCCCAGCGGAAGCAAGAAGAAGAAGCGCUGAUGAUGUCCAUCAGAGAACGUCAACGGAGGUCACUAAUGUCCAUUCGGAGCACCCACACGCCGCUAUCAGAAUCGUCGAGACCGUCUUCUAGGCAAAUGUCGUCGGCUUGUGAAGCACCCUCACGAGAACCGGCUCGAGUACGACCAGCUCAGGUACAACAAUCUCGCCCGCAUCGUAGUGGUUGGUCUCUUGAGGAGAGAACGUACCUCUUCAAGAAAAUACAAGAAUCAUAUCCUGACCUAGUAGACCUAGAUGAUAUCCGAUGGGAUCUCAACAGGACCCUUGAGGAGACAGAGGUUAUGGCAGAAGAGAUUUUGGGGUUGAUGUUGGAAGCUGUACAUCCAGAACAAGCGAAGGCAGACAGAGAUGCACAUAUCCAUGAGGUUAUGCAGGCUUACAGACGUACUUGGGGCCACGAGAAAUGAACUACAUUGCUGAAUGAGACAUCAUGAUACCCAGGUGCGAUAUUUACAUGCUAUAGCUAUUCUGAGCUAUUCAAAUUCCAUGCUUGAAUUAUAUGAUCGACUCCCGUAUUUUCCGGGGUAGCUAAGCUACCACCUGCCUAUCUACCU